AUGGCGGGAAUCAAAGGGGGGGGAGCGGUCGGACUGAUGUUCUUGAUGCUCGGAUGUGCCCUGCCCCAAUACAACCAAUACUGGCCACUGUUUGUUCUGUUUUUUUACAUCCUUUCUCCUAUCCCGUAUUGCAUAGCAAGAAGAUUGGUAGAUGACACGGAUGCUACAAGUAAUGCCUGCAAGGAGCUGGCAAUAUUCCUUACAACAGGCAUUGUGGUCUCAGCAUUUGGGCUGCCCAUAGUGUUUGCAAGAGCAGAACUGAUUUACUGGGGUGCAUGUGCACUCGUUCUUACUGGGAAUACAGUCAUCUUUGCCACGAUCCUAGGAUUUUUCUUGGUCUUUGGCAGCAAUGAUGACUUCAGCUGGCAGCAGUGGUGAAAGGAAGAUAAGAGAACUAUCCACAGGCAUCCUGUCAUGCAGUGGCCAUCCAUACAAAUGAGAGAAUGGGCAAUAAAGAGAAGUAGCGUAGCAAGCCUCUCGAGUAUUCUAGAUGCUCCUUUUGAUGUUGUUCGUUCUGAGUGUACUACUGUUGCUGACAGGGUUUCUAUGUUUUUAUGAAGUGGAGAGAUUAUUGACUUAAUUUUUACUUAUGGUAUGUUUUUAGGUGCUCUCUUGGUUUAAAAUUGUCAUCCUUCUGUCCAAUGUUUUAUGUGAAGCUUUAAACCAGGAACAACAUUUAAAUAUAAUUUCAAAGAUUUAAAGUUGGGGGGUUUUGGUGGGGUUUUUCUUUAUUGGUGGAGUUUUUUUUGUUUUGUUUUUUAAGUUAAGCAUUAAUACUAUGUUUCAAUUUUUUUUUUAAUAACAGGAUUAAAUUAUAUACAAGUUGAAUGGAGGUAAGAGAUUGUCCACCACCAUUGCCAAUUACCAUAUCAAUAGAUUGUUGCUAUAUUUUAGCAGAAGCAAGUUGGGUUGGAGAGUACCUGUUGCAGAUUUUCUUCUGCCCGUAUCUCAGACUGGGUGAUGAAUGUUGGUAGCCUUCAUUUCAGGAGCAGGCUGGGGAGCAGGUGGAGUUAUUUGGGAGAAAAGUCCUAAAUUUUAACACCACUAGCUCUUUUACCUUCUUUGUUACCAAUUCUGUGGAUGUGACAUUCAAAUACUCUGUAAAUGUAUUGAUGCUGACAUGCAAAACUGAAGUGUAUUGUAGGGGAAGAGCAAAUGAUGUUUAAAUUCCAUUUUUUAAAAGUAUCUUUUGAACUCUUUCUAUUUAUAAGUAUUGUAUGGUUUUGAACUUUUAAGUUAACUUUUUAUCACAAAGAUGGUAAAAUGUUCAUUUAUGGAACUACUGGUCUGUGUUAAUUUGUAGCAUAUAAAAAGCUAUUUCUUCCUCCCCUUUUAAAUUUAUUUUAUACAUAGCAUAUAUAUAU